GGAUAUUUUCUAGGUAGACGAUGUUAUUAGCUCAGAUAAAUCGAGACUCUCAGGGAAUGACUGAAUUUUCUGGAGGAGGAAUGGAGGCCCAGCAUGUGACACUCUGCUUAACAGAAGCUGUAGCUGUGCAAGAUGGUGACAACUUGGAAAACAUGGAAGGUGUGAGUUUGCAAGCAGUUACGCUUGCUGAUGGCUCCACUGCUUAUAUACAGCACAAUUCUAAAGAUGGUAAAUUAAUGGAUGGCCAGGUGAUUCAACUAGAAGAUGGUUCUGCUGCCUAUGUUCAACAUGUGCCCAUGCCUAAAAGUAGAGACAGUCUACGCCUGGAGGAUGGACAAGCAGUUCAGUUGGAAGAUGGAACUACAGCAUUUAUUCAUCACACUUCCAAAGAUAGUUAUGACCAGAGUGCAUUGCAAGCAGUCCAGCUGGAGGAUGGUACUACCGCCUACAUCCACCAUACGGUGCAGAUGCCACAGUCAGAUACCAUUUUAGCUAUUCAGGCUGACGGCACAGUGGCAGGGCUUCACACAGGGGAUGCUGCCAUCGAUCCAGAUACCAUCAGUGCUUUGGAGCAAUAUGCAGCCAAGGUGUCUAUUGAUGGAAAUGACAGUGUAAGCAGCACAGGAAUGAUAGGUGAAAAUGAACAAGAUAAAAAAAUGCAGAUUGUCUUGCAAGGACACGGAACAAGAGUGACUGCAAAAGCUCAGCAAAGUGGAGAGAAAGCUUUUCGCUGCGAAUAUGAUGGCUGUGGAAAACUGUAUACAACAGCUCACCAUCUUAAGGUGCACGAAAGGUCACACACAGGAGAUCGACCGUAUCAGUGUGAACAUCCAGGUUGUGGUAAAGCAUUUGCAACAGGGUAUGGGCUAAAAAGUCAUGUCCGAACACACACUGGUGAAAAGCCUUAUCGGUGCACAGAAGAAAAUUGCACCAAAUCAUUCAAGACUUCAGGAGACUUACAGAAACACAUCCGAACCCACACAGGUGAAAGACCCUUUAAGUGUCCAUUUGAAGGAUGUGGCAGGUCAUUUACAACAUCUAAUAUUAGAAAGGUUCACAUCAGGACACAUACAGGCGAAAGACCUUAUUACUGUACAGAGCCAGGAUGUGGGAGAGCUUUUGCCAGUGCAACUAAUUAUAAGAAUCAUGUGAGGAUACACACAGGGGAGAAGCCCUACGUCUGUACAGUUCCUGGUUGUGAUAAACGUUUUACAGAGUAUUCCAGUUUAUACAAGCACCAUGUUGUACAUACUCAUUCCAAACCAUAUAACUGUAAUCACUGUGGAAAAACAUACAAGCAGAUUUCCACACUUGCUAUGCACAAGCGAACAGCACACAAUGACACAGAGCCCAUUGAAGAAGAACCAGAGGCCUUUUUUGAGCCACCUCCAGGUCAAGGCGAAGAUGUUCUCAAAGGCUCCCAGAUAACCUAUGUGACAGGUGUCGAGGGAGAUGAUGUAAUUUCUGCACAAGUUGCUACGGUCACUCAGUCAGGGUUAGGUCAACAAGUCGCGCUCAUUUCCCAGGAUGGAACCCAGCACGUCAACAUAUCUCAGGCUGAUAUGCAGGCCAUUGGCAAUACAAUCACUAUGGUAACACAAGAUGGCACCACCAUCACAGUCCCUGCCCACGAUGCCGUCAUCUCCUCUGCAGGAACACAUUCGGUAGCAAUGGUUACUGCGGAAGGCACUGAAGGACAGCAGGUUGCUAUUGUGGCUCAAGACUUAGCAGCGUUUCAUAGUGCCUCGUCGGAAAUGGGACAUCAGCAACAUGGGCACCAUUUAGUGACGACAGAAACCAGACCUGUUACAUUGUUGGCUACAUCCAAUGGAACACAGAUUGCAGUACAGCUUGGAGAACAGCAGUCUUUGGAAGAAGCCAUCAGAAUAGCUUCCAGAAUACAGCAGGGAGAAACACCAGGAAUUGAUGAUUAACUUCUAACACUGCUACCAGAACAAUAGAUUAAAAGGUAUUUUAUUUUCAAUCAACAAAGGUCCAUGCCAGCAGCAAUCCAUAAAAACUUUGAAGUUCCCUGCCCAUUGAUACCGUGUACACAUUUUAUGCAAGAGCGAAGAACAUUUUGUAACUUUUGUGUACAUAACCCUUGGAAUGGACUGACAUCAUCUACUCCCAACCGUUGUAUAUUCAGGAAUAUGGAAUUAGGAUUACAUAGUAAAUUUCCUUGUUACCCUUUCAUCAGAUUUCAGACUGGUCUACAAGCAAGUGGAAAGUGAAAUAGAAGUAUUGGAAAUAAUUUUUAAUGUCAUGUGCAAAUUAUGAAGGCAUUGCUGAAGAUUUCAAAUUUAAAAUGCUAUAACAAAAAUGAUCAUUUCAGGAACCCUAAAAGUAAUAAAGAAGACAAACCAUUUUAAAUUGCUUUCCAGAAAUGGAAAAGUCUUGGAUUUUGAGCCUUCUGUAAAUCUUCGUAUUUUGAUUUGUUUCGCACAAAUUUGAAUACUCUUUAGAUUAUCCACGCCGUCUCAUUCAUUGUAAAUACAGACUGUUAAUGCUGGAAGUGCUAAUUAUAUUAUCUUUAAAUUGGAUUAUGUACAAAAGAGAAACUUUGGUUGUUCAAUAUUAAAGGAAGUAAAUCUAA